AUGGCUGGCCCCCAAAUCACCCUUUACCUGGACAUUGUCAGCCCCUUUGCAUACAUCGCAUUCCAUGCGUUGCAAACCUCACCCACAUUUUCCAAGUGCAGUGUGAAUUAUGUCCCGAUAUUCUUGGGCGGAUUGAUGAAUGCAUGUGGCAACACUCCCCCGAUCAACAUCAAGAAUAAGAAUAAGUGGAUUGGCAAGGAAAGACUGCGAUGGGCGCGAUACUUUUCCGUUCCUAUGGCUGAAGGCUUCCCCGAGAACUUCCCGCCACUCACACUCGCAGUCCAGCGUGCUCUGUGUGCCAUCUCGAAGAACUCACCAGAGAAACUUGCGCCGACUUUGACGGCACUCUACCGGUCAUUCUGGGUUGACGGCAAUACGAAGAUCGGGCAGCCGGAAGGCUUCACUCCGGUGCUGGAGUCCGUCCUGGGGAAGUCCGAGACGCAGGAGGUUCUGUCUGCGAUGACUCAACCGGACAUCAAGACACUCUUGUCUUCCAACACCGAUCGGGCUUUCAAGUCGGGUGCUUUUGGUUUGCCGUGGUUUGAGUGUACCAACUCUGACGGUAAGACGGAGGGCUUCUGGGGAAUUGAUCAUCUGGGUCAAGUGGCCGAUUUUCUAGGACUGGAUCGCAGCCAGGACAAGGGUUUCAAAGCGUCUCUCUAA